GAGUCCUCAGUCAGGAUACUGGCAUGGAAGCAGUUUCUAGAUCUGUCCCCUUUUCAUUGGAGGUCAUCCGACCUUAGGGACGUGAUCCCGCUGCCCCUGCGUCUUUUGGAAGACCUGUAGAGAUGAGAUUUUCUGCUGGAAAUGGUUAUUAUGUUUAUUAUUUCCUUAACUGUGCCGCUCUUUAUAAUAAGAGUUUUAUUUUUCGUGUGCCUUGCCCUCUGCCCCAGAAAGAUUAUAUUCUUCAUAACUCUGUCAUAUUUCAUUUUAUGGGGCAACCACCGUAUUCACGGAUCUAAUACAAUUUAAUCGUCUUCUGGCCAGGAAAACCCUCACAGAUUCCCUACAUCCAUCUCUGGCAUAGUUGACCUUUUACCGGCAUUUUGGUGUGGCCAAUAUGCCUCCAGCCAGGGUCAAACCAUCAGAUGUUGCCGCAGAGGCUAAGAAGACUUAUAUUCCAUAUAUCGAGUCGAAGCUUUCGGCGCAAUGGCCUGCACACUCAUACCUUGUUCCUGAAUCUACCCGAAUGCGCUGCGAUCCUCCAAGCCAGCCAUCACGUUGUCGGAUGACGGCGAUAGAGGGCGAUCCGGUUGAUGUGGCUCUCGAGCUAGCUAUUACUAUUGACAAGCCUGAUGGCGUAGCUCUUGUGAAUAUGGCUAAUGACAAGAGACCUGGAGGAGAUUGGGAAGCAGGGGUUCUGGCGCCGGAAGAGAGUAUCUGCAGGAGGAGUAACCUUGUGGCUACCCUGAAGAGACCCGCAGCAAACGACAAUUUGAGUCAGGGGAACUAUCCCAUCCCUACAACUGGUGGCAUCUACUCUCCUUAUGUCGUAAUUUUUCGGUCUGGCCCUGACCAGUAUCAACUAUGGCAGAAAUUCAAGACACUGCCCGUCAUCUCUGUACCCCCAGUGCGUCGACCAAAACUCGACCCGACAGGGCUGAAGUACUCCUUCGAGCAAGAAAAGGAGCUCAUGCGUGAGAAAAUGCGUACCGUUCUCCGCAUGGCCGUAUGGUGGGGCUAUUCCGACCUCACACUUGGUGCCUUCGGGUGCGGACCAGUCUUUCGCAACCCAACGCGCGAAGUAGCUACGAUGUGGCGAGAUCUCCUGUACUUCGACGCGGAGUUCCGCGGGCACUUCUCCAAUGUUGUCUUCGCCUUCGAUCCGCUGGAUGGCACCAAUCCAAACCCAAGUCCGGACAAGUCGUCCAAGAAAGACGCUAGCUCAAAGACUAGCUCAAAGGUAUCAGGAAGUAGCUCAAAGGGGAAAACGAAAGCGAAGGCGGCAUCAACACAUCUUGAAGACAUGGAAAUUUUCAGGGAUGUGUUCGACCCAGCGAAGAUGUUCCCAAGGUAGAGCCCGGAAUGAGUGUCGCCCCGAGGCCGUCUGACCGCAUGAUGGCCGGUUAUAGAGCUUUGGGGUGGGAGGAGCUGGAGGUCACGGCAGACGAAUCCUUGCUACGUCUUGCCAACGACCUGUCAUAGAUUAUGCUUAAUAUGAAC